GCCAUCUUUCACACCGCUGGAGUCAUCAAGUGGGGUUCCGACCCGGAGACCGGCAACUUUGUCCUUGAGGGGCAAAAGGCAGUUGUAACUAACAUUUAUGAUAGACGGACCGUUCCCGGUAGCUUGUGCCAGUUUUCGUACGCCUUGGACACGCAUUCCGAUAAAUCAAUCUGGGCCGCGCAGAAGGCUUUCGAGGACUACGUCAUAACUGUUGCGGGAUUCAACAAAGGGUCGAAGGACCGCCGUACAUGGCAGGAUGGUACGGGUGCCGAUAGGCCGAACUCGUACUACGUCUUCAGUUCGCAGGUUUUCGUCAAACGUGUCGGCGUUACGAAACACCGGGAGGCUAAUAUCGACUACGAGCUCCACCCUUGGAUUGCGGCCGUCACCAAGGGACCAAAGACCGAGUACUUCGCCAAUCCGGACCGGCCGAAGCUCCUUGAGCCGUACGGUGGCAAGUUGCGCAAUAUCAAGGACUCAGAUUCGCCUCAGCUUAAGAAAGGGGAUGUCGUUUGGAUCAGCUUCUCAGUCAGCUUCUUGCUCGGUGGGGACACGUGGACUACGAACUUCACGCCUUUCGAGAUCAUCCGUGUGGGUGCCGUUUCCGCGGACCUCAUCGGGGACGCCGCCGACCGCCCU